AUGAGUUGUUUUAUCUUGCAUAAUGUGGCUAAGCACCUUAAUGAUGAAGAUUUUGCUGUUGAUAUACCGGGAGAUGGCGAACAAGAAGAAAUCCAUAAUCAACAUGGUGCUGACUAUGCAGAUGGAGUGAUACGUCAGAGAGAAGGCUCCUUACUGGGUCCGGCUUUCAUUGUGGUAGCUUUCAGUACUGGUCCUGAACUUCCAGAUGCUUCUUCGAAGAGACCUACACUGGACAGAAUGUUCGCGACGUCACAAAGAAAUGAUGAUGGUUUGCGGCCGUCUUACAAUAUCUCUUUACUUAUAGCAAAAUCCGGAAAACCGCAUACUAUCGGAGAGAAGUUAAUUUUGCCAGCCGUUGAAGAGGUUUUAAAAACUGUUUUACACAAACCUGCAACUGACAUCAUGAAGAAUUAA